AAACUGUUUGACUUAAAAAAAACCAGGAGUUAUAGCAGCAGAAGUAAGCAAGUGAAAGAGUAGAGAAAUAUAAGAGAAGAGAAAAGAAUUACAGAUCUGAAAACUAAACAAAGUUUUUAUUUUCAAUUUCAAUUUUAGCCAUCAAAUCAUCAUCUCUACUAAUUGACCCAUCUCUCUCAAAUUAUAGCCACCCAUUAAUACCAAAAAAAAACUUUUUUUUUUGGAUUUUUUUAUUAUAUAUACUACCCAGUGAACCAAAAACCUUCUACUAUGCCUAAACCUUAUUUUCACAAGCUAAUUCUCUCUAAUUCCAUUAAAGAUAAGAAGCUGAGAAUCCCUGAUAAUUUUGUCAAAAAAUUUGGAAAUGACUUGUCUGCUUUUGGGAGACUCAGUGUUCCUGGUGGUCCUGUAUGGCCUGUAGGAUUAAUAAAAGCUGAUGACAAAUUUUGGUUUCAUGAAGGAUGGCAGGAAUUUAUGGAACGUUACUCUAUACGCAUAGGGUACUUUUUGGUCUUCAGAUACGAAGGACAUUCAGUUUUCACGGUUCAUAUAUUCAACUUGCCUGUGUCUGAGAUAAAUUAUCAAUCUACUAAUACAGCUGGAAGAAGACAUCUUCUCUUCGAAGACAUGGAAGACGAUGACUUUGUUGAACUCAUGAGCACAUCUUCGCCGUGUUUAGCUCCUAAUUCUAUAAAAAGGAACAAUCACUUAUUAAAGGGUGCUAGUAUCUCGCAAGCAGCAGAUCAAGAUGCACGAGAAGCUGGUGAUCCAUUUAGUCCUAUGGAGCAAAAAGUUCCUGCAGGUGAUAUGGCAUUCUAUACUCCAGGUGAUGAGGCGCCAAAACCUAAAAAACGUGGAAGGAAAAAGCAAAAAAUUGAUCCAAAUCAGCAGCAGUCAUCAGUUCAGAAUGAAGAUGAAGCUGAUUUGCGCUAUAGAUUUUAUGAAAGUGCUUCAGCAAGAAAACGAACAGUGACUGCUGAAGAAAGAGAACGGGCUGUAAAUACAGCAAAAACAUUUGAGCCUAUUAACCCUUUCUGUAGGGUUGUCCUGCGACCAUCUUACCUAUACCGGGGUUGCAUAAUGUAUUUGCCAUCCUGCUUUGCCGAGAAGCAUCUAAAUGGAGUUUCCGGGUUUAUUAAACUUCAGUCCUCCGAUGGAAAACAGUGGCCCGUACGAUGCCUUUAUAGGGGCGGUAGAGCUAAAUUAAGCCAAGGGUGGUAUGAAUUCACUUUGGAGAACAAUAUGGGAGAAGGAGAUGUUUGUGUUUUUGAGCUGCUAAAAUCACGGGAUAUUGUGCUCAAAGUUACCGUUUUUCGGGUUCUUGAAGGUAUGGAACACAUGGCCCGACCUUGAUGAUAAAUUAUCAGCCGCAUUAAUAUAGAUAGUAUUGAUUAUUGGUAAAUUUCUGAUUGAAUGAUCUUUGUCAAGUAACUCUUCCCCUUUCGGGUGAUUGUCAUUGCUCUGGUUUUUCGUUGGGUUGCACUUAAUCGUCGAUCGAUGUCUAUAACUUUUCAGAGCAAACUAGUGAAACUAUCCAUUGUUUAGAUGUUCCAGUGGAUAAAAUUGUGGCUUUAUUUAUUAGGACUGUAAAUACUCCAAUCAAGUGAAAUCUAACUAGAUGGCUAAAGCAGAUUUUAGGCUUUAA